CGUAUUAUUUAUAAGUAGGUACAACCUAGUGUAAUAUAUAGUACCUACGUAAUAACGAUAGUAGUAGUAGUAAUACAAUGACGACAAUAUUGUGCAUUGGAUGCGAACGCGGCGCACGCGGAAUCAAAAGAACCAAUAGUGUGCCUAUAUAGUAAAUUAUACCGUACAGCUGGUAUAGUACCUAAACUUAAUACGGUCCCUCUCUCCCGGACAUUUCACGAAGGUCAAAAUGCAUUGGCAUGCAUUGCCACCGCGACGUGUGACCGCAGUUCGAAAUUUCGUCGUCAACACCGGAUUCAGUCGGUCGGCUAAAGGUUCAAUGAAAACUCCUCCGACACUCCAACAUUCGCUCCGAUCUUAUAAAUACACUGCGAUAAUAGCCGUGUCGUCGCGAAUAUCCUAAACAUUACAGCAGGAAACACCAGCCGAUCACCAUCGAUCCGACGACUCUCCGCAACACGUGCCACACCGCCGCCGCCGCCGCCGUACUUGUCCGUCCGUUCGCGAUAACCGUAACGUGCGAUAAGUGUCGUUAGAACAAUACAAUAUUAUUGCAAUACGAGUAAAAUAAUAUUAUACACUUUAGGCAUUGCAACGAUUUGUCCGCCCGACGUGUAUUUCUCAUAUUCGUUUCCGCGCGCCACCGCCGCCUAUUUCCUCAGUCCGAUCGUUAGAAUUUUUCUCGCCGUCUUAUUCCACCGAUCCCGUAUGUACACGAGAAUAUAAAAAAUAUUGCCGGCAAAAUACAUCAUAACCGGACAGCGACCCAUUGACGACUACCGGUGCCGCGUUGUUUAAUAAUACUAAUAAUAAUACUUUACGGCGACGGUGCUCGUUCGCGUGCAGAUAGGCAGGUCUAUUCGUCGUCGCCGACGGCGGUCGUGUGUCCGUAUACCUACCUUACGCCGACCGGAAGUCCGAGCGAUCGUGUUUAUCCGACGCGGGGAAAACACAACACGGUGUUGUGUGCAGGCACUGUACCUGUUAUACACUCGCUGUACAGAAAAAAAAUACAGAAACGAUCGCGCAGAUCGUAAUCUAUCUAAAAAUCGGAUUCGCGCCGUCUAACGUUUGCGCGUGCAAAUGAAAUGCAACAACUUAUAUUUGGAAAUGUUAGGUACGGUCUUAGCGGCUUUGGUCUUCUCAUCAUUUCAUACGCUUUGUUUUUCUUCAACCCAGUGGAAAUCAUCAAAUCAGCGAAAUUGAAAUUUGUCGAAGGAUCUUACGCGUUUCAGCUGUGGCAAAAACCUCCGGUUAAAGUUUACGUCAACGUGUACAUAUUUAACGUGACUAACGCGGAUAGAUUUUUGGCGGGCGAAGAUGAAAAAUUGGAUGUCAAAGAAAUCGGCCCGUAUGUUUAUUGGGAGGAGUUGGAAAACACGAACACUACGUUUCACAACAAUGACACUGUAACGUAUAUUCCCAGGAGAAAACUACAUUUCGAACUUAAAUCGUCUAUCGGAGAUCCCGAGAAGGAUCGCAUCUUCGUUCCUAACAUCCCCUUAUUGGGAUUCAGUUCGAUGCUCCGGAGUUCACCAAUGUUCAUAAAUUUAAUGUUCAAUUCGUUGGUCGAAUACCAAGAUUCACAGCCGAUACUUAAUCUAUCUGUAAAUGAUUUCUUAUGGGGAUACGACGACACGUUAGUUAAGAUGGCCAGCAGUGUGCUACCCACGUGGAUCAAUUUUUCAAAAUUUGGGCUACUCGAUCGGAUGUUGGAUGAAGGGACCAAUGUUAUCACAAUGACAGUGCCAUCGGAACGACAAACAAAACGUCCCUACACAAUAGAUAACUUUAAUGGAUCGCCGAUUUUACACCAAUGGGCCAAUACUGAUGCACCUAAUGAGAUGAAUAAAUGUUCAUUGAAUGCAUCAUCGGAGGGGUUACUGUUUCCAAGGCACUUGACCAAAGACAUGCAUUUUCCAAUUUAUCGAAAAGCCUUCUGCAGAACGUUGCCGCUGACUUAUAGUUCUACCACCAAUAUGCCCAUUGGGUAUCCCACUGUUUAUUUAUACAAAUUUUUGCCUGAUGUUUUUAAUUCUUCUAUAGAUGAUAAUAAAUGUUAUUGUCCGAAAGAUGGGUGUUUGCCGCCCGGACUGUCAGACAUAUCGCCGUGCUACUAUAAUAUACCGGUAGCAGUGUCGUUUCCACAUUUUUACGGUGGCGACCCGGCGUUAGUGGACAAUGUCAAUGGAAUUGCUCCCAACAUGGAAAAACAUCAAUCCGUAGUUGCUGUACAACCGGAUCUCGGUAUACCGCUGGCCGUGGACAUUAAAAUCCAGUUAAACCUAAUCAUAAAGACCACUAGAUAUGUGAGCCGUGCGAAGAAGUUCAAUGGAUUGACUUUACCGAUAUGUUGGUUGCAUUUGGAAGUGAAGAGCCUGCCCAGCUCGCUGAACGCGCUGAUCUACCUGUGCUUCAACGUCGGACCGGUGCUGGUGAAGGCGGUCGUCGCACUGACGGCUUCCGUGGGCUUUUUCCUGGUCGGCCUGGCCGUCAAACGGUUCGGCCGAGGUCAGCAGAAGCAGCAGCAGCAGCAGCAGCAGCAGCAUCUCGUCGUCAACGGGUCCGCGACCGGAGACCACGAGAACGGGCGUUGCAAAGGUCGCGAAGACGACGACGGCGACGGCGACUACGAAGACGGCGGCGGCGGCGCAGAGUCCGGCGGGCUGAUCGUCAAAUGCGGGUCCGCGUCCGGACGGUACGGCGACAAAUCGUACUUGCCUUUGCACCGGGUCACCGUUCACGGGUCGUCGUCGGUCGUCGUCGACUACGAUCAAUCGCAGGACUACGCGAGAGGCCGAUGACGAUUAGACGACACGAUAAACAUAUCCGAGACAGUGAUAAAGAUGCACUGCUCCCUUUUUACGUAUAUUAUUAUGAUGUUAUUGCGAACGGUCCUUAAAAUAUUAUUAUUAUUGCCGCCGUCGCCGCCCGUCGUCGAUAUCGUUGCCUUCACGCGCGCCUCAUGCACACACGUCGUACCGUCAUUUAUAUACGUUAUAUAUUUAUUCAUCACCAUAAUUAUUAUUAUUAUUAUUAAUAUUAUUAGUAUUAUUAGUAUUGUUAUUAUUGUUAUUGUUAUUGUCAUACCAUAUUAUAUUAUUACCGUGUAUACCAAGACACGCCUCGGGAGUCAGACCGUGUGUCGAGUCGGGUUGCCUAGCCUAACCCGACCUGCUAAAACCUAUAUUGUAUCAUAAUGUCACUGAUAUACCUGCCAUGUUUACUGUAUUUUCUGUCCCGUCUAACCUUCGAUCCGGUCUAGUGCAGCGAAGUUCGCGAGAAAAAACACUGUGGAUCUGAAAUAGUGGUGCCCAGUAUAAGUGUCGUAUAUUAUUGUAUAGGCAUACACUCGUCGCGUCGUGAACGCAUAUUAUCGACUCUCAGCGCUGUCCCGGUCACUCCAGGUAACCGUGGUGUUCAACUUUACGCGAGAGGUUGUUUAAAUUUUUCUUUUUUACUUUUCCACAUUAUGUUUCAUCGGGAAUUCGGUACAACGUAUUUCACCAUCUCUGUUGUACCGUCCUUCACUCGUGCUAUUUCUGUAAUUGUAUCGGUAUUUUUUUUUUUAUUUUUUUUUUUUUUUUGUUAUUCCCGAUAAAAAUGUUCGUUAGUAAUCGUCCGACGUAUCAAUAUAUUAUAACACAAUAUUAAUUUUAUUUAAUCAACGAAAUUUAUUUCCUCGUGUUGACAGUCGUAUAAACUCAAAGCUGUCGUACAUAAAACGCCCCAUUUCGUCCAGGUCGGGUAUACUGAAGAAAAAGUCAGGAAAUCGUUAAAUGUCGAUAAAAAACUUCAGCAAAGCGAUAUUGCAUCGUUAUAUAGGUAGGUGAGUAUGACUCCUGAUAGCAUAGAUUUCGAUAUUAUAUUUUAUUAUCAAAUAUAUAUAUAUAUAUAUAUAUAUAUGGAUAAUACAUAUAUGUUCCGCGAUGUGAUUACGAUUAAAGGGGCGUGAAAACAACCUGAACGUUGACACUGCAACGACGUCGCCCCUAUAAUAUUUAUGUAUAUAAUAUGUAUAUACAUUAUACACGGUGCAUACCUUUCUUUUUUUGUUUUUGGACUUUGACGAUCGAAUCCACCUACAAACGCUAAAAUAAUUCAUUUCAAUUUCUGGGGACAGCAAGGUAUACAUAAUACAUAUUAUAUAGGUACUAUAUAAAUUCAAUGGAAUCGCCACCUCUAUCGCAUAUACUACGGACGAUCGAAGUUCAUGCCAAAAAACUAUUGAUACAUACUAUCUAAAUGUAUAAUAUAUCAAAUACCUGUAUAAACUUACUUUGUUGAAGAAUGUUUUCACGCGAGAGAUUUAUCGAAAAGUUUUGGAACAUCAUCUCCGCGCAUAAUACUACCUCCGUACUAUAAAUGGUUAAAACAAUUACGUUUCACGCGUUUACCUUGUAUUUAAAUUAAAUAAUACUAUCAUAUUUAACACAGCUUUGUGCAAUCGUAAUAAUUGUAUAAACUUGUGUUUGUUUAAGAAAUGUAUUUACCACGAAUUAAAAUGCAUUUUU